AUGUCUACUGAUAAGCUCAUUAUUUUUGAUACUACUCUCCGUGAUGGUGAACAGUCUCCUGGUGUCACUUUAAACACAGAGGAAAAGAUUGAGAUUGCAAAGACCCUCUCUCGUCUUGGUGUCGAUGUCCUCGAAGCUGGUUUCCCUAUUGCUUCGGUAGGUGAUUUUGAAGCAGUACAACGUAUUGCGAAUGAAGUCGGCCCUAUGAUGGAAGGCAGAGAAAAGAUUGGUCAUCCUAUGACAAUUUGUGGUCUUGCUCGCUCCACACCUGGCGAUAUCAAGCGUUGUGCUGAAGCUAUUGCAUCUGCUCCUCGUAAACGUAUCCACGUUUUCCUUGCUACAUCUGAUCUCCAUCUCAAAUACAAGCUCAAGAUUGACCGUGACGAAUGCAUCAAGCGUGCCGUUGCUGCUGUCACCUUGGCUCGCUCCUUUGUCGACGAUGUUGAGUUCUCUCCUGAAGAUGCUGGCCGUUCCGAUCCUGAUUUCCUCUGUCAAGUGCUCGGUAAAGUGAUUGAAGCAGGUGCCACUACUCUUAACAUCCCUGAUACUGUCGGUUACAACAUGCCCGAAGAAUAUGGUAACUUGAUCAAGUACCUCGUCCAGAACACACCCGGCUCUGAAAAGGCCAUCUUCUCUACUCAUUGCCACAACGACCUUGGUUUAGCUACUGCCAACACGCUUGCUGGUAUUUCCAAUGGUGCUCGUCAAGUAGAGGUGACAAUUAACGGUAUUGGUGAGCGUGCUGGUAACACAGCCAUGGAAGAAGUGGUGAUGGCUAUUCACACUCAUCCCAACUUCUUCCCUGUGCACCACACUAUCAACACUACCAUGAUCUACCGUACUUCUCAAAUGGUGUCUUCUUUAUCUGGUAUGAUGGUUCAACCCAACAAGGCUAUUGUAGGCCGCAAUGCUUUCCUUCACGAAUCUGGUAUUCAUCAAGAUGGUGUUCUCAAGAACCGUCAAACUUACGAGAUUAUCACUCCCGAAACUGUGGGUGUUACUGACAUCAACCUUGUUCUUGGAAAGCAUUCUGGCCGUAAUGCCUUCCGCGAGCGAUGCAAGGACCUUGGUUUUGGUGAUAUUACCGAUGACGAUUUCCAAGUUGCUUUUGAUGACUUCAAGGCUCUCUGUGAUAAGAAGAAGAAUGUCAAUGAUGCCGAUAUCCUUGCUAUUCUCAGUAACCAAAUCAGUUCUCAUGCUGCUAGCUCUUUCUAUACUCUUGUCUCUACUCAAGUGGUGGGCGGUGCUGCCACAACUUCUAUGGCUAGUGUCAAGCUCUUUGAUGUCAAGGCUGGAAAGGAAAUUGGUGAUGCUGCUGUAGGUAUCAACGGUCCUGUUGACGCUAUCUUUGAGGCUAUUCAACGUAGUGUGGGCCGUCGUUUCCGUCUUACCAAGUUUGAUAUUAGCGCUGUUGGUGAGGGCAGUGAUGCUUUGGGUAAGGCCGAGAUUCAAGUCAAGGCUGAUACCGACGCCAUCAAUGGAAACGCUGCUGCUCAAGAUGAGCGUGUCGCUAAAGCUGCAUUUGCCUCCAGCAUUGCUGAUGUCGACAUCAUUACUGCUGCUGCCAAGGCUUAUCUCGGUGCCAUCAACAAGCAAUUAGAAUGGGAAAGUGAGUUGGCUGCUGGUACUGCUCGCAGUAUCGGUGAGGAACGCAAGGUGGAUGUCUAA